CCUCAAGGAACCUCUUCCCCGUCUUCUCAGGCUGUUGUGUGGACCAGUCAGAGUCUGCCUCUCUUGACGCCGCUCGUAGCCACGUCCGACCGUGCCUUAUUCACCACAGGCGAUCGUGGUGGUCAAAGCGCGCGGCCCUCCCCAUAUCGCACUCCAAGGAUAGAACACGCCGCACGAACGACAUCAUGGAUCCCCAACAGCGCGGUAGGUCGCCCUCAGCGGCCCAGCGCGCUCAUAUAAGACACUCACCGUCCCCGUCCCCUCAUGCGCCAUUUCAUAACGCCUCUGGCUUGGGGCUUGAUCAAUCGCUCCCCACCAACGACCCGUACUCGACUCCCUUCAACGCCCAAGUUACCACCGCGGGACAGAGCUUCGACACAUCGUCGCAGUACCUCACCACCACCCAGUCGCAGCAGUUCUCACAACCUUCCGCCGUCGCCGACCCGACCUUCCUGCAGGCCACUCAGCGCAUAUCAGCGCAGUCAAGCCCGCAGUUCGGGCCGCAAGGCAACCACCUGUCACCCGAGACCCUCGACCUUAACAACACCGGCAGCAACGUCGGCUUCGACAACUUCUUCCAGAGCAGCAACGUCAAUCAGGAUCAGGCGAUUGAUCCUUCCUUCCUAAAUAACACUCUCGACCCUCAGCUGCUCGACAGUCAGCAGCAGAAUCAGUCCGUCGACCCCUCCGAUCUCAUGAACCAGAUGGCGACGACGCAAGCGCACUCACCGACUCCUCCCCACCUCCUCCAGCCUGGUAUGAACCACCAGCAGACACCUAGUCCUCAUGCCUCUCCCAGCAUGAGUCAGGGCGCAUUCCCAUCGCCUUCGCACUCUCGCCAUGCGUCACUGGAUCCCAGCGCAGCAUACGCACAAGGCCCGGGAAGUGAAUGGGGCGGCAUGGCGGCCUUCCGGGGACAUCGAAGAACACCAUCAGAGACAUAUUCCGACGUUUCGUCGGCUCAAGCCUCGCCGUAUCUGGGGAACAAUGACAGCUUUGAUCACGAUAACCACUCACCACUGUUGAACGCCCAGCAGGACCCUUCGCUAUUCCAAGAAGUCAUGCAAUUCGGCCAAUUCAACCUAAAUGACAAUCAUGCCCAUGUCAGCCCCGGCCACAGUCCACAUAUAUCUCCACGAUUGUUGCCCCAGCAGCAGUCGCUUCCUCAGUUCACCCCCUCUACGUUCGGUCUGAACCCGGGAAUGAAUAACCACUAUGGAGAGCAAAAUCUAGGGAUAUAUCAGCCACAGGGGCAGGAACCGUUCCCCACUAUUAACCAAGGCCCUGGGCCCGAGUUUGGCCAGGCUGACACUAUGUCACCCCCAGAGAUCAACAUCGACUUUGCCCCACCAUCGCGGCAAGCGAGCUUUGAGCCCGCCAAACCGGGCCACCAAACAGAUGCUUUGAGUCCCCCAGAUCGAUCCCGCAGCCGCAAUCGAAUCCGCGCAAAGUCCGACCCAUUCAGCAGCGCCAGCUCGCGUGCCUCUACGCCUGCUUCGGAAGUGAACCGAUCACUGUCUCCCAGUGCUGCAAAGUCCCGCUCUCCAUCUCCAUCGACCAAGUCUUCGCGACGUUCAUCAACCUCUAGCAUCCCCCACCGUGAUUACAUCCUAGAUCUCGCAGACCCAUCUAGGCCCACUUCCGGUCAAGCCGGUGAUGGCUCGAACACGAAACGCACUCAGAAGCACCCUGCGACCUUCCAGUGCACUCUAUGUCCAAAGCGCUUCACUCGUGCCUACAAUCUCCGGUCGCAUUUACGCACCCAUACAGAUGAGCGUCCGUUCGUGUGCAGUGUUUGCGGCAAAGCAUUUGCCCGACAGCACGACCGCAAGCGGCACGAAGGUCUCCAUUCUGGGGAAAAGAAAUUUGUUUGCCGUGGUGUGCUCAAGGACAACAAUAACUGGGGCUGUGGAAGGCGAUUUGCUCGUGCUGACGCUCUUGGGCGGCAUUUCCGAUCUGAAGCUGGUCGUGUCUGCAUACGGCCCCUCCUCGAGGAAGAGGCGCAAGAAAAAGGCAAUUGGGAGGGCCAGAACCAAUCAAUGGACAACGGAAAUGGCAUGUUUGGCGGUCCAUUGCCGCCUCAGAAUUAUGGUGGCAUGAUGCCUCCACAACCUGGUUAUGAGGGGUACCCGACAGUAACUGGCGGGAUGGAUCCCUCAGCCGGAUCAGCUAUGCAGCAGCCGCAAUAUGGCCUCCCAGCUGCUCUGUUGGCGCAAUACCCUGCUCUUGCUGGAAUUCAGUGGGACCAGUUGCCCCCUGGUCCACCGGAAGACGUCGAAGGUGACAUCAGUGGCCGGAGCAGCUUCGACGCCAGCAGUGGAGGCGAACUCUUCGAAGAGGAAGAGGGUGAUUAUCCAACUGCCCAAGCUGUGUACGGUGGCGGCUGGGCAAGUGACUACGAAGCAAACGCGCGAUGAUUCACCAUCCGUGCUAAUUGCUUCUUGGGAUUCCCAUGAAUCGGGCGUCACCUUUAAGACUUAUUUUCUAACUUCUUGAACUCUCAAUUACUU